AUGCCUAAUACGAUUGAGCUAUUUAAUUUGGUCGAAAAUGACAGUAUCGUUAGCCCAUGUAUCACUGUUCAUGGGAAACUCAGCAAAUCCGAUUCUGCUAGAAAUAUCCAGGUACAACAUCCACAGCUUCCUCCUUUGAGUUUUCCUGUAAAUGAGGGAUUCUUUAAGGCCACUAUUCUGCUGACCCCCGGGGAAAAUAGGUUGAUGUUCGUUACUGAUACAAACGUUUCCUGUACAGUAACUUGUCACUACACACCCCUCGUACAGAACAAACCGGUUCAUCUAUGUCUGAUCAUCGCUGAGGACUCACCUUUGAAGUUCGAUUCUCCAGCAUCUCAAAUCGCCAAGGAAGGUGGUAACGGUGUGGAUUUGGCUAUAAAGAAGUUACGUAUUGCAGGUAGAUUGAUGCAAUCUUUUACAAAUGAGCAAAUGCAAAGAAAUGGUUUCGGACAACGUACCUUCAAUUUCGUAGAAGAAUGGGCACAUGAUACUCAAUUUCGUAAUGGUGGUUGUCCGAUGAGGAAUACCAUCAAGAUUCAUGUGGUAAGAUCCGAAAGAACCACAAGUGAAAUAAGAGAUCACAACGUCGCUCAACAAAAUAGUAAAGGUACAAAUACCGGGGCCCUUUUCGGUUGGGCUAUGGAUGCCUUGAAAAAAUAUGGUGGUCCUUUCCAGGAAAACGAACAUCCAGUGCAAGCAGCAUGUGUUUUCUUAGAUAGUCAUUGGGAUGGUAAGUUAAUUACCGGUCAUGCAGCUUUGGGCGGUGGUGAUGAUCAUAUAAAACUGGCUAUUUUUGGCUCUCAUGGUAUCUAUUCCUGGCCUACUUGUAUGGAAGACAUCAUUCCAUACUUUUUAGACGAAACAAAGAGGACUAACGAAGUUGCAAAUGAUUGUAAUGAAUGUGGCAGUCAUUGGGAAUGUGCUGUUGUCACAAUGGGUGCAUUCAUGCAUGAAAUUGGCCAUCUUCUUGGAUGUCCACAUCAGGAGCAUGGUGUUAUGCUAAGGGAUUAUACAAGACUUAAUAGAUCUUUCUUAACAAGGGAGGCUUUUGCUACAAGAACUAAUUCAUAUGGUGCUAAACCUCCAAUCUUCCCAAAGGAAGAAUGCACGUGGCAUAGGUUAGACUUGGUCAGAUUCCUUUACCAUCCUUCCUUUACAAAAGAACAGGACUUUUACGAUUCAAGCUUUAUGAGACCCACGAGAAAUGGUGGCUUCAAAGUUGCAAAACCUGCUUUAUAUCCUCUGAACAAUGAUAUGUGCAGAAUAACCUCUUCAACCGGUAUCUAUCUAAUUGAGAUAAUAUGUGGAGAUCUAGCAAAGGCUUUCAUUGAAUAUUUGCCAAAAUCUUUAGGUGGAACAGGCCCCCAAAGGGAGGUUAUUUUAUCACUAGCUGAUCUACAAUCACGUAUUCCUAAGGAUAAAGUAGCUGAGUAUGGUAAUAAGUUUAAACUCAAAGUGCUUGCUGUUAAUUCACCAGACGUAUCAUUUGACAACUUCCCAGCUUUACUCCUACAAGCGUUGAUACCAAUGACGAAAUAUGGCUAUUCGCAAAACGUUCAAGGCAUAAAAUCUCAAUUACUUGGUAGUUCAAAUCGUGGUAAAGACAUUGGGAUUAUUGCGGUUGACAUGAAAAAAGUAGUAGCAGUGAGAGUUUACCAUGGGUAUGCCUUAGAUGGUAUUCGCUUCUAUUUAACUGCUACUGAACCAAAGGACAAAGAUAAUGGUAAGCCUGCUGUUCCACCUAGGACAUAUAUGGGCAAAUUAACGAACGCUUUCAAAAGUACAGGGAUUAAAGAAGACCAAAAAAGUGUGCUGUUUGGUAAUCAAACUCCAAACUAUACGGAUAUAGUAUUAGAACCAAAUGAAAUUAUCAAAGGAUUUAAUGUAAGAUGUGGCGCAUGGAUUGAUGCUGUCCAACUUGUUACCAAUAAUGGAAGAAUGACCAAAAUGUGCGGUAAUAUUACAGGUGGCGGGUUAGCAGAAUUAAUUCCGCCAGAAGGGCAAUCCAUACUUGGUUUAUACGGCAACGUGGGUAAAUGGGUCGAUGCCAUAGGUAUAGUAUAUGGAAAUGCUUAA